AUGGCUUUGAAGUCGCUGUUGAUCCUCGCUCAGUUGGGCCUGGUGGCAUCUCUCGCACCAGGAGACUGCGCCUUUGUUGGAAUCUACGGUGAUCAGGAUGACUUUGCCUUGGUGCUCAUGGAGGAUGCGGAUGGCGAGGUGCUGUCUUUGACGGAGGAGUACCCCACCAACGAUCAUUUCAAGGUCAGCAAGUCGGUGGUGGCUAAGACGCACGUGAGCGAUGCCAAGAGGGGUGCUGUCUUGAAGAAGGCGGACUUCGAGGCUGACUCUGCGUCCUUUGUGGCUCCCACCGCUUUGACCAUCUUCACGGGAAGCCAGGAGGCGCCUACGCCGCUGUGCAGCAUCAACUUGGAAGCCAAGCAAGGUAGCGUCACCCGCAAGCUCAGCGAGGAGGUGAGCAUCGUGAUGCUGGGCCUCACUGAGACUGCGCAGUAUGCGGGAUCCACCAGCGGCAGCAAGGAAGAGCUGUUGGAGGACAUCAGCAACCCAAGCAACUGGCUCCGUGACGCCUCCCGAAAGCUGGCCGGAUUCAGCAUUGCCAUGGGUGGCAAUAUGACCGAGACCGAGUCCACCAGCAUGAUGCUGGGCAACGCCACGGUCACCGUCAGCACCACCGUGACCACCGUCGUCACCAUGACGGACACCGCCACCGAUACCACCGUCGUCACCGUGACUGGUUUCGGCGACGGCGGCGACGAGGGACCCCCGGAUGCCGCCUGCCACAGCGGCCUGGCCUUCGGUGACUUGGGCGGAAGGGGAGAGGUGGAGGCCAUGGCGGUCAUGGGAGACUGCGCCUUCGUCGGUAUCUAUGGGGACCAGGAUGACUUUGCAGUCGUCUUGAUGGAAGAUGCCGAUGGCGAGGUUCUGUCUUUGACAGAGGAGUACCCCACCAACGAUCACUUCAAGGUCAGCAAGUCGGUGGUGGCCAAGAAGCACAUUAGUGAUGCCAAGAGGGGAGCUGUGUUGAAGAAGGCCGACUUCGAGGCUGACUCAGCGUCCUUUGUGGCUCCCACCGCUUUGACCGUCUUCACGGGAAGCCAGGAGGCGCCUACGCCGCUGUGCAGCAUCAACUUGGAAGCCAAGCAAGGAAACGUCGCUCGCAAGCUGAGCGAGGAGGUCAGUGUGGUGAUGCUCGGCCUGACUGAGACUGCGCAGUAUGCGGGCUCCACCAGUGGCAGCAAGGAAGAGCUGUUGGAGGACAUCAGCAACCCAAGCAACUGGCUCCGCGACGCCUCCCGAAAGCUGGCCGGAUUCAGCAUUGCCAAUGGUGGUGGCAAUAUGACCGAGACCGAGUCCACCAGCAUGAUGCUCGGCAACGCCACGGUCACCGUCAGCACCACCGUGACCACCGUCGUCACCAUGACGGACACCGCCACCGAGACCACCGUCGUCACCAUGACGGCCACCACGACGAACCUCGAGGGUUUCGGCGACGGCGGCGACGAGGGACCCCCGGAUGCCGCCUGCCACAGCGGCCUGGCCUUCGGUGUGCUGAUGGUGAUGGGACACCUGAUGUGA